AUGGCGAAGAAUAGACUCGUUGGCCAAAACAAACGCGCGGCGAGGCGGGCUGCCACCCCGGAGGACAAAUCCAUAGCCGCCUUACCACGAGCCGAUUCCCCCACUACUUCACGACCUUCCCUCUUGGCCGAUCGUGCAAAUGCCGGCGUUUCGAAAAAGAAGAAGAGUAACAGCAAGAUUACAAGGGCACAGCGUUUGAGACAGCAGAAGGGAAUGGAGAGAGCCGAGGCAGUCUCUGACCAGCUGCAAAUCAAGAGAUCUAAAAGCAUUGUCCGAGCGAAGGCCAUCAAAACAAGAAGUUCUGAGUGGGAGGACACCAACCGCACUGCAUCCGCAUUUGCAGCUCUCCAGCAAGACGAUGACGAUGAAGACGACGACGAUGAAGACGACGACGCCAUGACCGAAGACAAGCCCCAGCAAAAACCCAAGGCAAAUGUUUUUGCAGCCCCAGUAGAGCUGGAGGAUGCGGACCCUGCCCCGGUUGACGAAGAUGAUGAAAUCACUUGA